UCCCUCUCCCUCUCCCUCUCCCUGUCCAUAUUCAAUUUUACUUUGUAUUGACAGGGCGGUUGAAAAAUCUUUGUCACAGCUAGUUCCCCGAGAAAUGCCUGUCUUUGUCUGCCACCGAAAUCGCUUGUUCCUAAAAACCCUACCAUUAAUAACCUUCUCUAAACCCUAAUAUUCACAUCCUCUCUGCAAGGAGAAAGGCCGACUGAGCUGCUGUGAAAUGCUUUGUAGAGAUGCAGAAGCUGCUGCUGCUGCAAAAGAGUCCUCCAAGCCCCCUCGUCUGCACUUCUGUUGCUACUAGUUUUCUUACUUCGUCCUGUAGAACCAAACCCAUUAACAAAACCCCUUUUCAUUCUCUUACUAUAAAGCCAUACACCUCUCUCUCAAUGCCGACGGCCACAGUUGGUGGCGGCGGGUCUUCUCUUGCCGCGUGUGUGGCUAGAAAGGCCACAGUUAGACCCACACUCCCCUCGCGUUUUUCUUCAAACUGUUACAGUGCCUGCCGCUGUGCAACUGAAACCACAGCAACAAAAACUCCUUUCAGGGCUUGGGUUGUGGCCCGGCCUGCUUGGUACUGCACAGUGGCCAGGUCUGGGGCUGAGGGACCCGUCACAGCUGCGGCGGCGGCUGUUGAAGGAUUGAAGAGUUGUGAUGGAGACAGUGAGAAAGGAGAAAAAGAGGAAAAAAAGGUGAGAAUGAAUAGGAGGCAGAAGGGCUCAAGUGAGGUGGUGGGCAAUGCUGAUUUGUUGACAAUUCCAGGGGUGGGGCCGAAGAAUUUGAGAAAGCUGGUGGAGAAAGGGUUCUGUGGAAUGGCUGAGCUCAAGAAGCUCUAUAAGGAUAAGUUUAUUGGGAAGGGUAAUGAGACAAUGGUUGAGUAUUUACAGAGUUCUGUUGGAAUUAUUCAUAAAAGUCAUGCUGAGAGCAUAACAGCUUUCAUCAAAGAGAGUGUGGAUGAAGAGUUAAAGGAUAUAAACACAGAUGUGAAAGCUGCAUUGAAGAAGCGAAUCACAUUUUGCGUUGAGGGUAAUAUUAGUGUUGGGAAGACAACGUUUCUUCAGAGAAUAGUUAGUGAUACAAUUGAGCUUCGUGAUCUUGUUGAAGUGGUACCAGAACCCAUUGAUAAGUGGCAGGAUAUUGGUCCUGACCACUUCAAUAUACUUGAUGCAUUCUAUGCCGAACCACAUAGGUAUGCCUAUACCUUCCAGAAUUAUGUGUUUGUCACAAGGGUGAUGCAGGAGAGAGAGUCUUCUGGUGGAGUGAAGCCACUCAGGCUGAUGGAGAGGAGUGUUUUCAGUGACAGAAUGGUCUUUGUACGAGCUGUGCAUGAAGCAAAGUGGAUGAAUGAGAUGGAGAUCAGCAUUUAUGACUCAUGGUUUGAUCCAGUUGUCUCAGUUUUACCUGGUCUCAUUCCUGAUGGUUUUAUCUAUCUUAGAGCAAGCCCUGAUACUUGCCACAAGAGAUUGAAGCUGCGAAGGAGAGCAGAAGAGGGUGGUGUCACCCUAGAUUAUCUCCGUGACUUGCAUGAGAAGCAUGAGAACUGGCUUUUCCCUUUCGAAAGUGGUAAUCAUGGAGUAUUAUCUGUCAGUAAGCCACUGCUACACCUGGAUAACUCUUUGCAUCCAGAAAUUAGAGAUCGUGUGUUUUAUUUGGAAGGCGACCAUAUGCAUUCGAGUAUUCAGAAGGUGCCUGCUUUGGUUCUUGACUGCGAAGCGAACAUUGACUUUAGCAGAGAUAUUGAAGCAAAGGAGCACUAUGCACGCCAAGUUUCGGAGUUCUUUAAAUAUGUGAAGCACAGGAAAGAAGUUUUGCCGUCAAAACCUGGUGAAGGUGAUUGUAUUAGCAAUCGACAGGUCUUGCUGCCACAUGAAGGUGGGUUGUUUUUACCGAGCGAAGAGCACUUCCCUGCAUCAGCUCUCAAAUCUUUAGAUUUCAGACGAACAAUGUCAUUCAUGUCUAGUCAGUGAUUGUAUUUUUGGCCCCCUUUUCCAACACCAGUUCUGUAAAUUGUUACCUUAGUCUGACACAUCUGCAGUUCUGACAUGUUUAGUUAACAGUCUCUUUGCAUGUAAAGAUGUUAACCCCUAGGCUUUACAGAUGUAGAGAUGUUGUCUCUUUGAAUUCUGUGAUAAUCUAAUGUUUGAUUGUUGAA